AUGCAAAGUCUAAAAGCUUUCUAUAAUUGUCUUAAAAAAUCUCGAUUUAUCUCCUACACUAAAACUCUCUCCACCAUCAACAAUGCUACUGCUCGCUCCAAUGACCUUGACAUUAAUGAGAUACUCGUUGAGGAGAAUGCCAAUUCACGUACAGUAAUUCUCAAUAGACCACGAGUCUUGAAUGCUUUUGAUAACAAUAUGAUAGUUCGCCUUAAGGAACUGUAUAGGUCUUGGGAAAGAGAUCCUGACGUCAGUUUUGUUGUGUUGAAGGGCAAUGGAAGGGCAUUUUGUGCAGGUGGAGAUGUUGUUAGUGCAUACCGAUUAAUUAGUCAAGGAAAGGAGAAAGAAUGUAAAGAAUAUUUUAGGACAUUAUAUAGUUUCAUGUACCUCCUAGGCACAUACUCGAAGCCACAUGUGGCAAUCUUGGAUGGCAUUACAAUGGGUGGAGGUGCAGGGAUUUCUAUCCAUGGAGCUUAUCGAAUUGCAACUAAUAAGACUGUUUUUGCUAUGCCUGAAAUUCAUAUCGGCUUCCAUCCUGAUGUUGGUUCUUCUUAUUAUCUUUCACGUCUGCCUGGUCACUUCAGUUCGGAAUAUCUGGCUUUAACAGGAGAUACUCUGAGUGGAGAAGAAAUGUUUGCUUGUGGACUUGCAACUCACUAUUCUACCGCUGCAAGGGUUUCUUCAAUGGAAGAGCAACUUGGCAUGUUAAUUACGGUUGAUUUUUCUGACAUCCGAACUUUUCUAGCAAAAUACGCCAACUAUGCAUUUCCAAGUGAAAAAAGCGUUCUUCAUAGGCUUGAGAUGGUGAAUAAAUGUUUUGGCCACGGUACAGUUGAGGAAAUUGAAAAUGCUUUGGAAAAUGAAACAGUUAAAUCAAAUGAUGAGUGGUGCAUAUCAACACUCAAAAAACUAAAAGAGGCACCGCCACUGAGUUUGAAGAUCUCCUUCAGAUCUAUACAAGAAGGAAGAUAUCAAGCACUUUCACAAUGUCUUGCCCGUGAGUACCGAAUGACAGUCAAGGCAAUUUCCAGGCAGAUUUCUGGUGACUUAUGCGAGGGAAUUCGGAGCCGAUUGGUGGACAAAUGUUUUGCACCGAAGUGGGAUCCGCCCUGCUUGGAACAAGUAUCUCAAGACAUGGUGAACGCAUACUUUUCACCUCUUCCUACAAACGAGCUUGACCUGGAGUUACCUUGUUGCUAG